AUGGGAAGAGGCAAGGUUCCAAUCCAGUACAUCGAGGACACCGGAAAACGUCAAGUUACGUUUUCGAAACGUCGAAAGGGGUUGAUAAAGAAAGCCUCAGAAAUCUCUAUCUUGUGCAAAUGUGAAGUUGCUCUCAUGAUCUUCUCCAACACUAACAAGAUGUACGAAUAUAGGAGCUGCAAUAGAACCAUGGAUUCAUUCGCAACUAUGCAUAGGAACAUCAUUGCUGCUGCCAGUUCAUCAAAAUCCGCCAAUGUUGGUCCAAUAAUAUUGCCGGAGGAUGAUCCGGAUGUUGAUGUGGCUACCUUGAGGGAAGCACUUAUUGAGCUAAGUCAGAUGCUGGGAAUAGGAUUGGAGCACUUGAAUUACAAUGAGCUUCAUAACCUGGAGAUGAAGUUGACUGAUGGGUUUCGUUAUGUGAGAAAUAGGAAGGUAUGA